AUGGCGUUCUCACUGUCUUCGAAAAUAACACUCUCCAACGGAGUGUUGAUGCCGGCCAUCCAACUGGGGGUGUACCUGACCUCUGGACGGGAGACCGAAAAUGCAGUCAAGCAUGCCUUAGGAGCUGGAUACCGAGGAAUCGACAGUGCUCAAAUGUACCACAAUGAGCGCGAUGUCGGACGAGCCGUGUUGCGAUUCCUCGAGGCGGAAAAGACCAAGCCGGACGGUCUCACGCGAAAAGACAUCUUCUUCACAUCCAAGCUGGCGUCUAACGUCAGCUACGACGCUACACGACGCUCAAUCAAGCAGUCAAUCCGGGCAUCCGGCCUCGAGUACAUUGAUCUCUUCCUGAUCCAUUCGCCGUAUGGGGGCGCCAAGAAGCGUCUCGAAUGCUGGCGCGCGCUGGAAGACGCACUGGCCGAGAACGAGAUUCGCGCGGCCGGGGUGAGCAACUACGGGGUGAAACAUCUACAGGAACUGCUCGCCUCGGAACCGACGGUGCAACCCGUGGUCAACCAGAUCGAGGUGCACCCGUUCAACACGCGCACGGCCAUCACCUCGUUCUGCCAGCAGAACGGGAUCGUGGUGGAAGCAUAUGCGCCGCUGGCCCGCGCAUACCGGUUCGGGCAUGCGACGAUUGUGUCGCUGGCGCAAAAGUACGGGUGCACGCCGGCGCAGCUGAUGGUGCGGUGGAGCACGCAGCAUGGGUAUGUGCCGCUGCCCAAAAGCAUCAAUCGCGAGCGCAUCAUUGCGAAUGCGCAGAUUGAGGGCUUUGCGAUUGGGGAGGAGGACAUGCAGGUGCUGGAUGGGCUGGACGAGUACUUGGUGACUGACUGGGACCCAGUGGACGCGCCAUAG